AGAGUAGUACUACUUUAUGUUCUAAACCUUGUUCCGAAUUUUGAAAGACAGUUCUCGUAAAUGUUUUGACAUUUGACAUUAGCAAUUUUAUUUGACAGUUGUUUGUACUUAUGUCUCAUUCGGCAACUAAUCAAAAUUUGAUUCAGGAUUUACAAUCAGCUGAUAGAUGAUCUACCCGAUUUUAAAUCGGUAGUUUUCGAUAAGCUCUUUUUAGUAAACAACUAGUAUAGAAAAAAAGAAGAUUAAUUCUAUGGUUGAUUACGUCGUUACUACCAGUCAGUGUAUUGAUUUACAUUUCGAAAAAUACGCCUUGUGUAAUUAACUGACAUUUACAUAAAAUUUGACAGAUAUGUUUUGUUAGGUUAUUUGAAUUUGUGGUAACAAACAAUUUAGAGGGAUGCUGAGUUGAAAAGUUUGUAGGGAUGGAAGUUAGUCCUCUUUGUAUUAUAUUGGUUAAAUCUGAUAGUAAGGGUGACAGAUUAUUGUUUAGGUAUCCAUUUCAAAGUAAACUAAAUAACGAACCCUCUAACACUAGAAGAAAAAAUCCUUAUACUCUCCCUGUAGUAGACGAUUUACUUCAUCGUAAUAACAAUCUUUUUUCAAAUAUAAAUAAAGAAAAUUUGACCGGUUUCACCGAUGAAGUUCUUUCUUCACUUUUUGCGGUUAAAACCGAGUUGUAUAACAAAAAGUUUGAGUUAAAAGUAAACGAUGUUAGAUUCGUUAGUCAUCCUACCUUAUUACAAUUAAGAAAUAAGCGUGAAAAAGAGGAUGAAUCUGGAAUGUUAGUUAAUAUUGUUUUCGCGUUACAAGCAUUAGCUAGUCAUUCUGUAGUAAAAUGUUAUCAUGAUUUGAGUAAGAGAAUGGGUAUUGUUCUUAAAUACGAGGAAAAGAGAUGUGGUUACGUUUCGGAUCAAACUCAAUUAAUGACUACUGCUCACGAUGACGGAUUUACUAAUACCCCAAGUAAUGCUUUUACUCUGAUAUUAGAAAAAUGUUCUUUAGCUGCUAAUAUUAAGAAAAUGUACGACGAUCUAUGUUCAACGGGGCUUGUUAGUUUAAGAAUAAACAAAUGGAUUCCUCUAAGUUUUUGUUUACCACAAAAAGUGCAUCAAUGGCAUAUGAGAGGGAAAAUUGUAGAACCAGGGGAUAUUGACAGAUGUUUAAAUGCACUAAGACCUUAUCAUAGUUUAUUAUUACUGCAUCCUUUAAAUCAAAUGAACGAUUUUACAUCAUUGGACGGUUCACCUUCUCUAAACAGAAUGCUCUCUCAGUAUUCACCUCUAAAAAAUUUACAAACCCUUGCAGCCGAUUCUGAUUUAACAUUAACACAUGUUUUUGAACUAACCGCUCAUUUAGUAUAUUGGGCAAAAGCAACAGUUAUAUUCCCGAUAUGUUCUACUAAUAAAUACGUUAUAUCUCCAAACGCUCCGAUACAUUUGAACUCGCCUUUAAUAGAUAAAUUUAAAGAAGCUUUUCCAGGUUUGAAUUUGAUACGUUGUAUAGGUGAAUUUUCCCUUCCGACGUCUUUGGGACAAAAGUGUAACCCUUUAUGUCACCCUUCGCAGCAAUCACAACUAGUACAAACUAUUAUUUGGAUGUUACAACAACAUUUAUUGUUGCAGCUGCACACUUAUAUUCAGUACAUGCCUACAGAUAACGGAUUGCUUAUAAAUAAAGUGGAUGCUGUUAAAAAACAUUUACCAUCACCUAGAAGCAGCACUGUUCUUUCUAAUUAUCAAACAGCUGAUAGGACUGAGUCGGAAAGUGGGGCUUCAACAAUUUCUGAAGCUACAGAAAUAACAUCUAGUAGAAACGCUUAUUUAUUAGAAAAUAUGAGUUUCACUUCGACAGAAGAUGAUAAACAGGAUUAUCAAGAGGAAUUACUAUUGGACUUUCCAGAUGAAGAAAGAAGUUCGAUUUUUAAGAUCCCUGCGACGAAUACCCCGGAAGAUCUGAAAUUAUUCGCCCGGUUAUGUAGGAAAGAAUAUUUCCAAGGAAACCACCACGUGGAGGAGAUUAUGUACCUGGAGAAUCUGCGGAGGAGUCAGUUGUUGCAAUUGUUGGAUAAAUUUAGGGACGUUUUGAUAACUUAUGAAACCGAAGAUCCAGCUAUAGCCAUGUUUUCGUGCUCAUCAUAGCAGAUUUUCGAAAUUUCCAUUAUUCCAUUUCGUACCGUAAAUUAUUCAACGGAAUUUGGAAUUUUCGAGCUUUAUUUUAAUAAUGAAACAAUCAGAGGUGGUAUUUAUAUACAGAGUAAAUAAUUAUUCUACAAAAUAAACUGUUCUAUCCUAUCCAUGUUCGAAUACUAAUGUAAAACAUACGAAUGUUUAAAAAAUCAUAUCUACCAAACUAAUGAUUGGAUUGAGUUGAAAUUCUAGAGUAGUCUUACUCAAGAUAAGGUUCAACAGGAAGAAAAUCAACAAAUCGCUAACUCAACCAUUUUCGAGAAUACGUUUCCACAAACAUGACAAAUCACGUUCCCAUGUACACACGGGUGUAGAGUCUAAACCAGAACUCGACUAAAACUACCAUAUCAAUAAUCUCACUCGGAAUGUACGAAAUAGAAUAAUUCUAUGGUUGAUGCUAUUACCCCAAUUUAUGUAAGGGUUAAAAUAAUAACAAUUUCAUAAAAAAAUUUAUUCCCCCCUAUUAAAAUUUUUUUUACAAUAUGCAAAUCGCGUUUUUUAUAAUACUGAUCGAUUAUUUCAAGCUUCACAGGCAGUGUCUUUGAUUGCAUCAUCGAUUUUAAUUCUCAUUAUUCUAUAAUUGAUUUGAUUCGGAUCUAAUUGUUUGUAAAUAAAAAUUGGCAUUCGAUCCGAUAGAAUCCAGAGAUUCCUUUCGGCAUCGAUCUGAAAAUAAAACUUCAUUUAUUAAAUUUCCAAUAAAUAAAAAAAAAGAAUCGAUUCUAUUACCGAAAUAUCGUUAGUGAAAAUCAAUUUUUCAUGAUCUUGAACUACCAAUGGGAAAUUAUCAGGUUCGAGUUUAGUUCUGGGGUUCCAGCAGGCUAUACCAUCUCUUUGUAGCUGCGUUAUGAAUAAAACGUUGGUUUUCACAUCGAAAUCUGAUGAUGAAGAUUGUCCUUUAUCAUCUUUGAUACCUUCCAACUAAAUUAAGGAGAAAAAUUAUAAAUUAUUUGAUCGAAUUCCACGAUUCUCAAAAGUGUGCCCCUGAUUAGUGCAGUAGAUGGAAGGGAAAAAAAAAUUGUCGAUGAAAUUUCCCGAUUCUUAAGUACGCCCCCGUUAAGAUAUAUUAUUUUAUACAGCGUUGCCAAUUUUCACAACAAAUUGAAUAUAUUUACGACCUAUACCUACUUGAUAUAAAUCAAACGACGCUGGAUCAGUUGCCAAGAUUUCGUUCUUUAGAACUUGCGUACUAACGGAAAAUUGAUUGCAACUAGCCAAGGCAUGGAAAUAAGCCGUUCUGAAACUACACCAACACGUCAUUUCAUCAAAUUUAACGCGAAAUAAUCAAAUCCACUCACCCGGUUGUUUCGUUUAAUGGUCCUAACGCAACUCCGAAUACUCCAUCGGUCCAUUGGAAAUUAACUCCGCCGACGGUCAUGUCGCCUUUUAACGGAUCAAAAUGGAAAUAAUUGUGCUUAACUCUCCACGAUUUAUCCUCGGCUAAGGAGUAUACGACUAUACCGUAUCCUCCUAAAUCGGGGAUGUAGGCGAAAGCUUUGUCACAUGUUUCGUUAGUAACAUCUACGAUCUUUAAUAAAAAAAAAUUUUUUCGAAUUUAUGUCGUAUUUACUUAAAAAAACAUACUUACAAUAUUAGCGAAGAACGAAUCUUCUCCCUUGAUGUCAGUUUCUGAUAAAUUAUAUCUUUUUAUCAACUUAUCGGUGUUUAAAUCGAAAAUAGCGAUAGAGGGUGGAAUAACGAGCUUUGGAUUACCCAAAAUAUCUGCUAAACCAGUUUCCAUUAUCCACAAACGAUCGCAAGGAUCGACUUUCAUUCUAAAAACUGAUACAAUCUGGUUUUCUACUGGAUCCUCUCCUUCUUUUGGAAGUAGAUUCGCGUUCCAAUCGGGAUAAGGGUGGAAUUUAGGUGAUUUUUCUGUUGUAUUGAGUAGAAUGUAAUUCAAAGUUGCAGCCACUCCAUGCUUCCAUCUAAAACCCACCACCCAAUACUGAAUCUUUUUCUAUUUCCAUUAAACAACACUAUUAUGAAUAAAAUUAUCAAAUAUUCAAAUUGAUAUGAUUCAAAA